AUGUCCGCAUCCACAGAAGUCAACGGCCACUCCGUCAACGGCGUACACGUCAACGGGACGAACGGCGUUCCCAAAUCGCGUCCGUUGACCGCCGGAAUCUAUGCCCCCAUCCCGACGUUCUUCCUGCCCGAGACGGAGGACCUUGGUAAGAUCACUACGCGCCUGAGACUGCACCUUCUGCGAAAGCUUGCUAAUAAGUGGCCGCGGUGCCUCGUAGACAUCCCUACCUUUACGUCGCAUGUUUUGCGUGUCGCGAAGGCGGGCGUCCGGCCCCUCCUUGCGGGCUCGAUGGGCGAAGCACACCAUCUCUCUCACAGUGAACGUGUCACCCUCAUCAAAGCUGCCAGACAAGCUCUCGAUGAUGCUGGACUGACGGCCGUGCCGAUCAUCGCGGGCACGGGCGCAGGUUCCACGCGCGAGACGAUCGAGCUCUGCCAGGAGGCCGCGGCGGCGGGCGCGGACUACAGCAUCGUCAUAGCGAGCGGGUAUUAUGCUGGUGUACUCGCCAACAACAGGAAGGCUCUCAAAGCGUUUUGGACUGAAGUUGCGGCAAAGAGUCCCAUCCCAGUCAUAAUCUAUAAUUAUCCUGGGGCGAGCGGAGGCAUUGACCUUGACUCGGACCUUAUCACUGAGCUGGCCAUUGAGUGCCCGAAUCUCUGUGGAGUCAAACUCACUUGCGGAAAUGUCGGAAAGCUCACGCGGAUCACGGCUACAGUGUCAGAGCCAUCUUUCUCGUCGCAGUACCCGCGUUUGAACGCCGACGCACCAUUCCUGGUGCUGGGAGGGUUCAUUGACUUCGUCCUCCCUACGGCCUACGUGAACGCGCACGGCGCAAUCACCGGCCUGGCCAACAUAGCUCCUCACACGAUCGAAAAGCUCUACGAGCUCUCCCAGGCUGCGGUCCGCGAUCCCUCGCUCCUGCCCGAGGCGCAGCGCCUGCAGGGCAUCGUCGCGCGGGCCGACUUCACCAUCGCCAAGGCAGGCAUCGCGGGUACAAAGGCCCUGCUCGAGAAGCUCUACGGCUACGGCGGGCUCACGCGCAGGCCGCUGCCCCCGAUCGAGCCCGAGGCUGGGGCCGCUCUGUGGGCCCACCCCCAUACGCAGGACAUCGUGCGUGUGGAGCGCGAGCUGAGCGGGAAGGUUGCGGCUUAG